UGAUUGCCUCCAACUAUUCAACAACAUCAACAUUCAUUAGACAAAUUUAAAGCAGUUAUUCAGUAAAGCGUCACAAUAGCUAUCUGAGCAAUCCAAAUGUACAUCAUGUUGAUGCUGCUGCUAAAAGCUCAAUGAAAACAUKAACAGCCAUGAAGACGAAAGCAAAUCCAAAAGAAAACGCUAACAUACUAUCCCGUUUAUUUAUCUGCUGGUUAUACAGUUUACUAAGACUUGGCAGUCAACGACAACUAACACAAGAUGACCUGUUUGAAUUGUCCGACGAAGAUCAAGCAGAAUACAUUUUACAAGAUUUUGAAGAAGUUUGGCAAGAWGAGAUCAUCUCUGCUGAACGCCGUGGCAAACAACCACGACUGUGGAAAGCAAUGCUCCGGUUCUUUCCMUGGAGUGACUAUUUCUGGUUAGUGUUCUGGAGGACUUUAGAAACACUCAGUGUUUAUUGUAAGCCUGUGAUAUUAUGGUUCUUUCUGAAGACGUUACAAGAACGUAAAUCUAUAGAAAACACGCAUCGUCUUCUUGCUGCUGGAGUGGUUGGUAUUGCAGUGAUAUCUUUCAUGUAUACCUUUAAGCAUCAAAACAAUAUGAUUUCAAAGAUGAUGGGAAUGCGACUCACUAUCGCUUGUACUGGGUUAAUACACAAAAAGAUCUUGAAAUCAAGCCGUGUCCAUCUUUCCAAUGAUAAACCAGGUCACGUGUUCAACUUGGUGUCCAAUGACAUCCCACGAAUGGGAGACAUCGUUCAUAAUGUACAGUACUGCACAUCACUGAUCAUUGCAGCUCCAAUCACCUUUGCCUUGCUCUGCAUUCUCAUUGGAUGGCAAGCGAUGUCUGGAGCUUUCUUUGUCAUCAUUUGCGGGAUUUCACAAAUUUUCAUGUCCAAGGGUUUUGCGUAUUACCGACUUCUUCAAGCAUCUGCAACAGAUCAACGUCUCUCAUCUGUCAACGAGAUCAUCAAAGGCAUACGAACCGUUAAGAUGCACGCUUGGGAGUGGAGCUAUUUGGACAUCAUUAGGGGAUUUAGGAGGUAA